CCUGAGGGACACAGAAGCCGAAGAGACGAUGAGUUGCAGGAACAAUGGAAUAGUGGAGACGGCUCUCAAUAGCCUGGGCAAAGGCUUCGAUUUAACGUCGGAUUUUCGACUCAAGUAUUGCAAAGGCAAAGAGAGGCUGAUUUUACUCAACGAAAGCGAGAAGAGAGAGAUCACCAUACCUGGUUUCGGAGCUUUUGAAGACGUUUCCGUCGAUAUCAAAUGCGAUAAAGGCGAUCGUACUCGUCAUCAGUCCGAUAUCCUUGAUUUCAUUCAGAUGGCGGAGUUUUUCAACCAGAAAUGUGGCGUGGGAGGGAAGAUUCCAUCGGGGGAAUUCAAUUCAAUGUUCGGAUUCCAAAGCGGAUCGUGGGGGAAAGAUGCUGGGAAAAUCAAAUGCUUAGGACUUGAUGGGUAUUUCAUAAUAUUGUUCAAUCUUCAUAUCGAUCGGUAUCCUCUCCUUCUUUCUCAUGAAGUUGUCAAUGAUGUUCCUUCUGCUUGGGAUCCUCCUGCCCUAGCCAGAUUCAUAGAGAAAUACGGGACUCACAUCAUAGUGGGGCUAAGCAUCGGUGGGCAAGAUGUAGUUUUGGUUAGGCAACACAAAUCUUCGGAUUUACAACCUUCACACCUCAAGAAACAUCUCGAUGAUCUUGGUGACCAAUUAUUUACCGGCACUUGCUCCUUUAACCCCAAUUCCAAAGACCCAAAGCUCAAGGUACCACAGGCUUUCAAUAUCUUUGAUCAACUGCCUCUUGCUCUCAAUAGCUACCCCUCCAUCAGUACCAAAGAGGGAAUCAGUGUAAUAUGUUCAAAAAGGGGAGGUGACACAGAAGCUAACAGCCAUUGUGAGUGGCUUCCAACAGUUGCUGGAAGGGCCGAUGCCAUCCACUUUAACUUCAUUCCCAUUACUUCUCUGCUUAAAGCUGUCCCAGGCAAGGGUUUCUUGUCGCAUGCCAUCAAUUUAUACCUUCGAUACAAGCCACCUAUAUGCGAUCUACAGUACUUUCUGGACUUCCAAUCACACAAUAUUUGGGCUCCCAUUCACAAUGACCUUCCAUUGGGUCCUUCCCCUAAAAGGGCUUCUUCUUCACCAGUCCUUCAUUUCAACUUAAUGGGUCCUAAGCUUUAUGUCAACACUUCUCAGGUCAUAGUAGGAAGGAGGCCAGUCACUGGGAUGCGCUUGUAUCUUGAGGGCAUGAAAUGUAAUAGGCUGGCAAUUCACCUUCAAUAUCUAUCUAAUCUACCAAAGACAUUUGAAAACAAGAUGGACGACAUCCAAUACUGGCAUGCAUCAGAAGAUAGAGCCGAUAAUGUUCGAUUCUUCGAAGCCAUUCAUCGGAAAAACUUCUCCCAUGUUUGCACCGCCCCUGUCAAAUACAACCCCAAAUGGGCCGCCGCCGUCAAAGACGUCGUUUACAUCGUCACCGGCGCUCAGUUGCACGUAAAGAAACACGAUUCCAAGAGUGUUCUACAUCUUAGGCUGGUGUUUUCAAAGGUGUCGGACUCUUUCAUAGUGCAGUCUAGUUGGGCGCAAGCCGAGUCAGGGUUCUCGCAAAAGUCUGGUUUACUUUCAGCGAUAAGCCAAUCCUUAACCGGAAGUGCAUUGAAAGAAAAGGAGGAGGUGGCGGUUGUGGUGGAUUCCGCCGUGUACCCAACCGGGCCGCCGGUACCGGUCCAAACACCAAAGCUAUUGAAGUUCGUAGAAACGUCGCAGUUAUGUAGAGGGCCUGAAGAUAGUCCAGGGUAUUGGCUGGUAACGGGUGCAAGGUUACAAGUGGAGAAAGGAAAGAUAAGUUUGCAUGUAAAGUUUUCUUUGAUAAAUAUAUGUUCAGCUAAAAUAUUAUAAUUUGGCGAUUAAAUUUCGUAUAGAAAAGUAUAUUUCAAUUUUUUUUCA